AUCAAGCGUUAUCUUGGUACCUCGUCAAUCCAUGCAUGUUUGUAAGCGAUUUUCAGGUAGCAAUAUGUUGUCAAGGUAUUCAGGUCUCGAUCAAAUGCAUAUCGGUGAACAUCAUCAAUUGGUACAAAGUAGCGGUGCUGGUAGUGGUGGUUAAUGAUAGUAGUAGUAGUAGUAGUAACGGUGGUAGUGGUGGUGGUGGUGGUGGUGGUGGUGGUGGUGGUGGUGGUGGUAGUGGUGGUAGUGGUAGUGGUGGAAGUAGUGGAGGUGGUGUACCGGCUAUCAAUAAUCCAUUGCUCAAUAUCACAGGCAAUGGUAAAUUGGGACAUUCUGGUACAACUGGAAUAAAUUAUGAUGGACUGUUGAAAAACUAUCAGACAUCUGGUAUAUUACAUGAGCAAUGGAAAACGCCAAAUCAAUACUAUAUCUUUCAUCCACAUGCGUUGCGUCGUGAUCUAACAAGUACGGAGGAGAAACCGAGUGUUCUCGAGAUGGAACACAAUUAUCUUCUCAAACAUCGUGUACCACCAUGGACGUUAACAUCACAGAAUUCUAGAAAUAGAUUUGAAUAUUAUUUGCGAAAUCGUAGCGAUGAUCGUUCGGGACGCUCAUUAGCAAAUUUUCCUACUCGAACAGGAAAUUUCUUACCAGCUUCGGUUGCACGAGUGCGUACGGAGGAGUUAUGUAGCACAAGGAGUGAACCGGAUCUUCGACCUAUGGCACUUGAUGAUUUCUCUUGCAGGUGGUUUGUGGCUUUAUUUGAUUAUUCGCAUCAUAUGAGUCCAAAUGCAAAUGCACAACAAGAAGAACUAUCCUUUCGAAAACAUCAACUCAUUAAGGUUUUCGGUGACGUUGAUCAGGAUGGUUUUUACACUGGACAGAUUGGUCAUCGUAUCGGUCUUGUCCCGUCGAAUAUGGUUAUCGAAAUUGCCAAAGAUGAUCUGAUGCCACCACAACGACGUCGUUCAGAUGCUGCUACAUCCUUGGAACCGUCUUUACGACGAAUGCGUUGGGGUUCGCUGAAGUCAAGAAGUUACGAUCAUGCUGGUGAUCGUCGACCACCAAGAAGCAGAAUGAUAACAGUGGAUAGUGACCAAUAUCCAUCCAUCGACCGACGUGAUCAUUCGCUACCCAGCAGGUCAGCUGAUUAUUUUGGAAUAUCAUCCAGGCGUAUCCCCGUCGGAGAUUAUCGGCUGCUUUCCGCAAGAAGUGAAUAUGGUGGUAGAGGAGGAAUUGGUGCUACUGGUGAUGAAUACGAUAUGUAUCCACCGAACGGAAGGCAUACGCGUGACUACUAUGGUUACGCACGUGAUCAUAGGCCUCGUGAAACAACAACUGAACGGGAUCGUAGAGAAUAUUACGUGGAUGAAAGGGAUUUAUCGGAACGUGAAAGAGCCGAUUUUUACGAAUCUGAAGGAUCUCGAGACCCUCGGGAACGGGAUAUGCGUGGUUAUCGCGAAAUACGCGAAAGUCGAGACGCGCGAGAUUACCGUGACUUUCGAGAUCCAAAAUACCAGCGUGAACCAAGUAUGACGAGACGAGAGCGGGAUUAUUUGGAGGAACAUGAUGAUCAAAGGACGCGUGAUUACAGGGACUCCCGUGAAUACAGGGAACAACGUGAAGCGGAGUACCGUGAAAUGAGAAAGGAUCGAGAACCAGAUCAAGGUGCUAGGGAUGCAAGAAGUUACGAAAGGAAGACUGAUUAUGGUAGACUGGAAAAGGGUUAUGGAUCGAUGCGAGAAUAUGGAGUUUCAACCGGUGGCGCUCAAUCGUAUUAUCCAUCGGAAACUGAAGAUUCACGGCAUGGUAGAAUGAAUGGUAUAUCUGUGCGGAAAUUUAUAGCUAAAUUUAACUAUGAUUCACGAGAAUUAAGUCCAAAUGUUGAUGCGGAACAGGUUGAGUUGUCAUUUCGUGCUGGUGAUAUUAUCACUGUAUAUGGUGAAAUGGAUGAAGAUGGUUUCUUCAUGGGUGAAUUAAACGGUAUUCGUGGAUUGGUACCAUCAAAUUUCCUCCACACCUCAUCACCAAAUUUAUUGGUACCAGCACCAAUGCCCCAUUAUCAAUCACAACAACAAGCCUCGCAAGUAGUGCCUCCCAUUACAAUUCCAAUUCCAGAGCAGCAAGUAAAACCGAAAGGUGUUGUUUUUCAGGAAAAUGCUAAAAAGUCAUUGCCUGGCCGACAAAGUAGUCAAGUGUCGUCAUCAGGUAAGCCUGUCUCACAAACAUCCAUGAAACCGAAAAGUGGAGCAGCAAGCAGUACCCAAAAGACACUAACAAAGAAACCAAAUGAAUCUGGCUCUAAAUCCAUUCCAAAUGCCAGGAAAACAUCACAGACCGCUAAAAAAGAAGCUACUCCCAAGAAGAAAUCCUGA